GAGAAGGGGAAGAUUGGAGUCGGAAAUGCUGUCUCACAGAUAGUAAGCGUGGUGGGAGAGUGGGAAGGUGCAGAUUCACUCUACAGAAAUAGUCUCAGCCUCAGUGAUGAAAAGCUGAACUCUCCAACUGCAUCCACUCCAAGCUUGCCAUCUCCAUCAGUAACUCAAUGUAGAGCAAAGCUUGGAGACACAAAAGAACUGGAAGAAUUCAUUGCUGACCUUGACAGGACACUAGCAAGACUGCUGGCGAUAAAAGCAGCGGUGCUAAAGACACUUUCUCUAGAUCUGACAACUCUGAGCACUGUGCGUGAUCAGAUAAUGAAUGUUUACACGCGAUGGUCUGUGUUUCCAAACUGCUCCAUUGUUCCCAGCAUCCAGCGGUGA